AUAAAACAGCAGUGUGUGUCGGUUUGUGUGUAAUGUUACUAGAUUCACUGCGCGCUGUUCAGGCUGGCUGUUAUCGUUUGUCCCCGGUUGGUUUUUUGAUGCUUGUCCAAUUACUUAAAGUUCAUGAUUUGGUCUCCUCCCCUUCGCCGCUUCAUGCCGGCUGCGAUCCUACACCUCACUAUUUAAGCUGCAUUCGACCGGGCGGAGGAGGUGAGCUCAUAUCUAGGUGAGUGUGUUUUGGGACGGUUGCCGCUCAAACACUGGAUGGGAAGGUGAGCGAGUCCAGUGCAAGUUUGGACAGGUUGGAGAUGCAUCGGGUGGAGAGCGAUUGAUCGCUUCACUGUGGACAUUGGCCGGCCGGACGCGGACUGGAUGGAGAUAUGAGUGUGGUGGGCGGCUUCCAUCACCGCCCUGUCGGGCACCCGGCCUUUCCCUUUGCCCCAAGUCACCGCUGCCACCAGGACCACCCGUUUGUCCAGGGUUGGUUCCUGAACCAAGGGCCGCUCUCUCCCACUGACUCGAGCCAGCCUUCGUUCAGCCCCGGGCCCAGCGUUAACGGGGCGCUGCCCGACCCGGGGCGGCCGGUAGCGGGGGCCCGCAGAGGGCCGCCUGUCCCGAGGAAGGAGCGGCGCCGCACAGAGAGCAUCAACAGCGCCUUCUCCGAUCUGCGGGAAUGUAUUCCCAACGUCCCUGCCGACACCAAACUGUCCAAGAUCAAAACACUGCGGCUGGCCACCAGUUACAUCGCCUAUCUGAUGGAAACCCUGGCGAAGGACAGUCAGGGCGGCGAGACAGAGGCGUUCCGCGCCGACCUGAAGAAAAUGGAGAGCAGGGAAGGCAAACGCAAGCGGGAGACGAAUGAACCGGCGAACGUGGCCAGAAGCGGCGGCGGCGGCGGCGAUAAGAGGAUGAAGGGGAGGACCGGGUGGCCGCAGCAAGUCUGGGCUCUGGAACUCAGCCAGUGAAGCGGCGGCGGCGGCGCGCCUUUGGUUUCAGCGCCCGGGGAUCAGGCGGACUGAGCAGCGGGUGGUGCAGAUACUGUGCAAGUGCAAUGUUCAAUCUGUUGACAUGACAAUGAGAAGGGAAACGAUUCUCCAGAAUCCAUAUGAAACCCGCUCAUUACUCGGUAAAUGAGGUCGGAAUGACUUGGGUAACCUUCCAGAAAGGUCUCUCCGGACCAGGAACCCUGUCCGGUGAAGGAUUGGACUCAAAUGUAGAAACCGGGCCAGCCACAGCGAGAUUUCGUUCGGCUUGGGAACUUUGAGUGAGGCGGGGAUUAGUAUUGUGACUUUCCGCCACGCCCCACUUCAUCAAUGUGCUGUUGACAAGUGUACUUUAAUAAAUUGUCUAUUUACAAUUCUAUGCAGCGACAUUGUAAACAAAGAGCGGCCCAGGCCGAGCUGCUGCUGCCUUUUAAAGGUUGUCCAUUGUGGAUUGGCUGGCAUUUGCCAGAGUCCAUGUUCCCCUCAGGGCCACUUUCACCACGGUGCUGCCAUCCAGAUCCCCACUGACGUGUUUCAGUCGCCGACACCUGUGGUUUUAACGGCUUUUUCCGCCGGAGAAGCGACGCUGGUGCAAAUCAAAUGGGUUUCACCAGCCCUGCUCUCCCCAUUCCCCUCCGCCCGCGGUCUGUGCGUUAGAAUUGACAGACCCGGCUCAUAAACACGGGAAUGUACUUUGGAGACGUUCUGACUCCAGAAUGAGCUCAAUAAACAGCCUGCUCGCUCUAAUGGUCUAAAUUGAGAAAGGUUUCAUUCGGGUUGGUCCACAAACCGACUACCCUGGCCGUCGGGACCAGGAGACAUCGAUCCCAGUGUUUACAAGAGCCACUUUAGAAGUUUAUCAACAAUAUAAGGGGUCGCAAAUGAAUAUAAUCCGUUCCUGAAGAAGGGUCUCGACCCGAAACGUCACCCAGUCCUUCUAUCCAGACUUACUGCCUGUCCCGCUGAGAUACUCCAGCUUUUUGUGUCUAUUUCCAUGUAAACCAGCAUCUGCAGUUCCUUCCGACACAUGACCAGUCCGUGUUGGUAUUCUGCCCCCAUUCUAACCAGUGUAUUCCAGUAGCCGCGCCCGGUCCACACCGGCACCUCGCCUGUGUUGGUCUCCUUGGAGUCCCAGUAAAUUAAUACUCAAACGAAAUCAUUAUGACCCCCCACCCCCACAUGAAUUUCGGGUGCCAAUUCCUCCCGAGGUGGGUCUGUUAUGGGCGAUUCUAAUAAAUCCGUCAAUGUUUUUCAAGUCGGUAGUAAGCGGCGCGGCACUCGCAAAGUUAAAGCAGCAGGCGACACAUCUAAGGUCGAGGGCGGAAAGAUGCUCGAACUCAAACAUUUUUUAAUUCAUAUUCUUUAUGCUUCGUCGAAAGGCACUAAACGAACCGGAUGUAAUGAUAAAUCAUAAUAAAUCUUCGGAAAUAUAAGGCGA